CCUUUAAUCUCUUACCUUUCUAUUACAAUAUUUAUGUUUAUACACUGCUCACUCACCGUUGUAGCCAUCAAUGUUAUUUGUUUGAAGUUGAUUAUCUGCUAUGUUUGGGUUUUCAAUUUACUUAAAUAACAACACAUGGUUAUCAAUUCAAACUUAAUGCGUUCUUAUGGUUUGUCUGUUGCUUUUGCUUCCAUCACUCUUUACAAACAACGGUGGUCAGGUAACUACAAACUAACCGUACAGAGAGUGAAUUUUAAGUUAAAAUAAUUUUGUUUGGUUACAAUGGAGCCCCAACCGCUUCGGAGUAUUUCUUCAUCACACUUGGGAGAAGAAGGUGGUGGGGGUGGACCCCACAAGAGAGAGGAGGAAGGAUCAGAGUCGAUCAAGCAGCUUGCUGAAGAAAAGGAGUUGAUGAAAGGUGGGAAGGCUGAGUUAACACCUGCUCAAUUGAUUGAGUUUCAACAACAAAGUCUCAUCUUCAAGCACAUGAAAGCUGGCCUUCAUGUUCCUGUUCAUCUUGUGAUUCCCAUUUGGAAGUCUGUUGCAAGCUCUUUUGGGUCCGAUAUCGGUGGUAUAUAUAAACAAUAUCCUAGCUUUGCAGGAUUCAGUCCUCGGGAUUUUGAUUGUAGGAACAUGAUGGAUCCAGAACCAGGGAGAUGCAGAAGAACUGACGGGAAGAAAUGGAGGUGUGGUAAGAAUGUAAUUCCAGAUCAGAAGUACUGUGAGCGGCACAUUCACAGAGGCCGCCAGCGUUCAAGAAAGCUUGUGGAAGCUUCUCAGGUUGCUUCUCUUUCAGUUACAACUUCAGCCAAAGAUUCAGAGAAUUUUAAGACCAUGUCAAUUCAUUCUCAAAGUGAUCCCCAUCCCCAGUCACCUAGUGACCCUAAAAUCUCUGUAACUGUUUCAACUGUUUUUCAACUCUCAACUCCUUCUAGCAGCACCGGUAAUAUCAUCCUCACCAGCACUGAUAGCAAAGAUGACAAUACAAAUGAUAUUAAGUUUUCAGGGAUUAGUAAGGGCAACGGUAUGGUUAGAGGCAGUAUAGAUUCUGCUGUCACCAUUGCAAUUGCUGCCAAGGCAAUUCCCGACACUACUAUUUCCAUCGCUAGUGAUUCCCCAGUCACCAUCUCCUCACCCACUGUUAUGACCACCACCACUAAUGAUGGUGACAAUGAUGUUUGUGGUAGCAAAAACUCUGCGACCACCAACGUUGCCGCUGCCACUACUUCCAGCCCUGCAGCUGCAAGCAACCCCAUCACUGAAGCCAGCAGCACUACCUUUGCCACAGCUACUACCUUCAACAACGAAAACAAUCACAGUACAGGUUGGAAAUGUGAUGGCAACAACGCCACUAGUAUCCAGAGAAUGAUCAACAAAAGCAGCAAAAGUGGAUACUGCCACAACAGCAAUUUAACUGCAGGAUUGGGCUUCUCACCAAAAAGUGUUCUUCAAGUUGUAGGUUGCAGUGGCUCACACUUUUACAGAAGGGAGAUAGGACAUGAGCCAGGACGAUGCAGAAGAACAGACGGAAAGAAAUGGCGGUGCAGCAGGGAUGUUGUUCCUGAUCAAAAGUACUGUUCACGGCACAUGCAUAGAGGUGCAAAAAAACGUGUGGAAGCUUUCCAAGCUUUUGGAAAUUUUAACCCUGUUACUUCUAGUGUUUGUCUGCCUCACAGAAUGUCCAUAACCAAUGAAGCAGAUUCUGCUACCCUUGACACCAAUCUCUCUAUAUCAAUAGCAGCAAAUCCUCAACUUGUGAACAAUGAUGAGAAAAGCCUUACCGGCAGUAGUGAUGCUACCAUUAGUGACACUAACAUCACAGGAUGUGAAGACAGUAACAUUUCUUCUUAGGUUGCUCUUUCUUGGCUUAUUCUAUCCUGUAUCCUUGAUUAGUUUUUAGGCGCCUUUUUCCUCGAGGGGAAACAGUUAAUUGUGCUGUAUAAUGCGGAAUUAUAAUCCUUGUAAAAUCCUUAUGUGUAGUUAUACAGAAGCUAGUUGAGGAAAUUGAUAAAAGGAACUAUUUUCAUUGAUUGUGUUGGAUGCGGAUCAUCAUGCCUCAGAAAUAACCUGCAAUGUGUUUGUUUUGGAGCAAACAUAUAAGCUUAGCCUUAGAUUUCACAUGAUUCAAGCUUUACGGUAAACGAAAGCUUGGACUGUUAGUUUGUUGGAUACUCGGAUUUGAACAAUGUUAUGUUUAUAAUUGAGUUAUAUAAACAGACAAAAA